AGGGAAGCCCUGCCCACUUUCAGCGUCCAUUUUGGGCUAAGCAGGAAGUUGUUUAGAGAGGAAAGCCAAACUGAUCAACUUAAUCGUCCACUGAUACGUAUAUCGUUUUUUCAGUCGUGUUUGAAGCAUUGUUCGCCGUUGUUGGUAGACGGUCACAGACUGGACUAUAUGCGUAUUUGACCGUUUGUUUUGCAGUCGUGGUGACAGUCAAACUUCACGCGCGCGUCGCAGAGGUCGCGACGAAAACAAGGGACUGUAAAUAAAAACAGGUCAGGAUGGCGGAUGACUUUGAUGUCGAGGCCAUGCUUGAAGCUCCCUAUAAGAAGGGUGAAAGCAAGUCCUUUGGCGCCAAUAGUCAUGAUGACAGCCGCAGCAAGAAGAAAAGACAUAGCAAAAGCCGCAGUCCAGACCACCGGAGGAGUAGAAGCAGAGACCGUAAGAAGAGUCGAGAGCAACGGAGGAGCCGCAGUCGUGAUCGGAGGCCUUCACGCAGCAAAGAGCGCAGGCGUUCUCGAUCCCGCAGCCGGAAUCGUGGUGGACGCUACCGUGGACGCAAAAGUCCCUUUAUGGGGCCGAAGUUAAACGGUGGUCCUGGAGGGAAAUUUGGCCCACAGCAUUUCACCAAGCACAGUCGCAGGCGCUCUCGGAGCAAGAGCCCCUUCAAGAAAGACAAGAGCCCCUUCAAGAAAGACAAGAGCCCCUUCAAGAAAGACAAGAGCCCCUUCAAGAAAGAUAAAAGCUCCUUCAAGAAAGACAAGAGCCCCAUCAGGCAGCCAAUAGAUAAUCUGAGCCCAGAGGAGAGAGACGCCCGCACGGUAUUCUGCAUGCAGCUGGCUGCCAGAAUUAGACCUAAAGAUCUGGAAGAGUUCUUCUCAGCAGUAGGAAAAGUGCGUGACGUAAGGAUGAUCUCAGACAGAAACUCUCGGAGGUCAAAGGGCAUUGCCUACAUUGAGUUUGUGGAGGCGACCUCGGUACCGCUGGCCAUCGGGCUGACAGGACAGCGGGUUCUGGGAGUGCCAAUUAUAGUCCAGGCCUCACAGGCUGAGAAGAACAGGGCAGCAGCAGCAUUGGCAGCCAGCCUCCAGAGAGGUGGUGCAGGGCCGAUGCGGCUUUAUGUGGGCUCCCUGCACUUCAAUAUAACCGAGGAUAUGCUCCGGGGCAUCUUUGAGCCAUUCGGCAAGAUUGAGGGUAUCCAGCUAAUGAUGGACAAUGAGACAGGCAGGUCGAAAGGAUAUGGCUUCAUAUCAUUUGCAGAUGCAGAAUGUGCUAAAAAAGCCUUAGAUCAGCUAAAUGGUUUUGAGCUUGCUGGUCGGCCCAUGAAAGUCGGUCAUGUUACAGAGCGUUCAGAUGCAUCUUCAGCCAGCUCCUUCUUGGACAAUGAUGAGCUGGAGAGAACGGGCAUUGACUUGGGCACGACGGGUCGCCUUCAGCUGAUGGCAAGACUCGCAGAGGGUACAGGAUUGCAGAUUCCUGCCGCUGCCAAGCAUGCUUUACAGAUGAGUGGCUCUCUGGCACUUGGAAAUCUGGCAAAUGCUACAACCACAGCCACAGCUCCCCUGCUCUCCAAUCCUGGGAUGAACCAAGCUAUGAACCUUCCAACCCAACCGCUGGCCACACACUGUUUACAGCUCUCCAACAUGUUCAAUCCACAGUCGGAAGACGAACAGGGAUGGGACAUAGAGAUACAGGAUGACGUCAUCGAAGAGUGCAAAAAACAUGGUGGCAUUGUUCACAUUUACAUUGACAAGAACUCUCCUCAAGGAAAUGUUUAUGUAAAAUGUCAGACCAUCCCAGUAGCAAUGGCUGUCGUCGGCGCCCUGCACGGCCGGUGGUUUGCAGGUAAAAUGAUUACAGCUGCCUAUGUGCCCCUUCCCACUUACCAUAACCUGUUUCCAGACUCAGCCACAGCCACCGAGCUCCUGAGGCCGACGCGCCGGUGAUACAGCUCGUUUCACCUUUAACCCCUGCCUAUCCCUGACCCAUGGUAACGCAAUGCGUCCAUACACCUUUACCCUACACCCCCUUCUCAAAUUAACUGCUGCGGUUCUGGGACAGUCCUGUCAUAAUGUAUGAAGUUACAUAAUAAAGAUUUAGUUAGGCCUGAUCUUUUUUUUUUUUACUUUUUUUUUUUUAAUGUAUUUUAGCAGGAGAGUAAAUCCACAGUCAGUCAUCUCCUGUGCUUGUAAUGACAAAAGCAAGUUCUCAGUCAGCACUCUCCUUUAUGUAUAUUGGCCUAUUGACAAGUUAAGAACACUUGUAAUGCCCUGUCUAGACAGGAUCCGGACUGCUGAAACCAGUCUUGAAGGAUAUUCUAGUGUUUUAAAGGUAUUUCUUUUUGUUUGUUUGUUUGAUUUCUCUGCUUUUUCAUUUUAUCAUUGCCUAGUAAGGUGAAAAAAGGUAUUUUCAGUUUAAGUCAUAAAUGUCUUUAUCUUUUAUGAGACACUGUUGUGAACUCUUGCCUCAUUUCCAGUCUGUUUCUUUAAUUUUAAGCCACAAAAGACAACUAAAUUUUUUUUUUUUUUUUUUUGUGUGCAGACAGUCUACUUGAGCUGUUAAAUUUUCUAAAACCACUUUGAAAUUAUAACUUUUUAUAAUCAAAAACUGUUUUUUUUUUUUUUUUUUUUUUUUUUUUAAAUCUAUCAAUAAAAGGACUUUCACAACACUGUGUAAAAUGAGUUUGGCUUUGUUUUUAUCAUGUUAAAAAGGGUAUACACUCACCUAGCAUUUUAUUUGGAACCUACUUAUGUGAUUUUCUAAUCAGUCAAUCAUGUGGCAGCAGUGCAGUGCAUAAAAUCAUGCAGAUACGUGUCAGGACCUUCAGUUAAUGUUCACAUCAACCAUCGGAAUGGGGAAAAAAAAUUAUUUUAGUGAUUUUGACCGUGGCAUGAUUAUUGGUGCCAGGUGGGCUGGUUUGAGUGUUUCUAUAACUGCUGAUCUCCUGGGAUUUUCACACACAACAGUCUCUAGAGUUUACUCAGAAUGGUGCCAGAAACAAAAAACGUCCAGUGAGUGACAGUUCUGCAGACAGAAAUGCCUUGUUGAUGAGAGAGGUCAACAGAGAAUGGUCAGACUGGUUCGAGCUGACAGAAAGGCUACAGUAACUCAGAUAACCGCUCUAUACAAUUGUUGUGAGAAGAAUAUCAUCUCAGAAUGCACAAGUUGAGCCUUGAAGUGGAUGGGCAAUAGUGUUCCUAAUAAAGUGCACAGUGAGUGUAUUUAGCACGUUUUAUUAAGAUCAGAGAACACCUCUAGAGGGAGCUGUGAGUCUGUUAUCUAGUCAAGUGCGUAGCAAGGAAUUGAAAUGUUUCACUAUAGCCUGGCUGCAUUUGCUUUGUAGGUGAUGGAAAACAAUGUCUUUAAUUCUCAGUUAAUGCUAAAAAUUGCUGUAAACCACAAUAGACUUUUGUACCCUAAUGACAAUUAAAUGUUUAUAUGUUGUAUAACAUUUGGGCAUAUCUUCGUGCAUUCUAUUUUUAUAUCAUUCAUAGGAUUCAUUAUUACACGAUCACAAAAAUAUUAUUACAUGAUCACAGCUGAGUUAUUACUCACUGCUAGACUUUUCUUUUUUCUUUCUGCUUUUUAGUCAGAAUGUCAUGAUACCAGAGUCAGAAAUUAACCAGGGCUUGGGGCAACCAUGUCAUCAACAGUGAUGAAAAUGUCCCCAAAAUUAAAAAUGUUUAAGCAAAAAAUGCCCCCUUAAUGAAUUGCUCUUAUUUGUAACAUCAGAUAUAUUUCUUGGUAUUCUGUUUUAGGCCUAUUAUACACCAUUUCACAAUUUAUGAGAUUCAGAUUGAGAAUGUAUGGUAAUUAUUUGAUUAAAUUUAAGUAUUUGACAUAAAAGGAUGACAAACAGCAUAUAUUUAAAUAAUCAUGCCUUCAUAAAGUAAAUAAUGCCUUGAAAAACAAAUCCAGGAGGCAAAUAUUGCCCCUUAAAGGAAUAGUUCAUCCCAAAAUGAAAAUUCUCUAAUCAUUAACUCUCAUGCCAUCCCAGAUGUGUAUGACACAAAAGAUUUUUAGAAGAAUAUCUCAGCUAUGUAGGUCCAUACAAUGUAAGUGAAUGGUGACUUAAACUCAGAAGGUCCAAAAAGCACAUAAAGGCAGCAUAAAAGUAAUCCAUACGACUCCAGUGGUUUAAUCUGUAUCUUCAGAAAUGAUAUGAUAGAUGUGGGUGAGAAACAGAUCAGUAUAUAAAUCUUUUUUUUUUUUCUAAAGUGAAAGUGAGCGUGUAGAUUUACGGUAGAAAAAGGACUAAAAUAUUUCUCUGUUUCUAGGAAUAUGGUAAGAAAUAAUUGAAGAUUUUAUAUUUCUUAGCUUACAGAAAAGUGAGUGUUAUUUUAUAACCUUGCUGUCUAAAAAUUAUAAUAAUGCAUCUGUCUCCAUAUAUUAUUAAAUCAGU